AUGGAUACCAUCACGCAACAAUCACAUGCUGCUAAAGACAGCACCCUCGAUCCCGAUCAAAUCGCUCGCAUCGACCACACUUACGACCAAGCCCUCGGCACAGUCACCGAAUUCGAAAAACAAAAGACCGCAGAAGGAGAAGCUCACUUCCGUCGCCUAGGAUGGAAGCGUCUCGCCGUAAUUCUCAUCGUUGAAGCCAUUGGCCUCGGAACUUUCAGUCUCCCUGGUGCUUUUGCGACGCUCGGCAUAGUCGCCGGCGUGUUCUGCUGCAUCGCGCUUGGCUUCAUGGCCAUUUACACAGCCUGGAUCAUCGGAAAGAUCAAGGUAUUGUAUCCUUCGAUUCAACAUUAUGGAGAUAUCGGUGGUUUGCUCAUGGGAAGAUUCGGAGAGGAGUUGUUUGGAGCCAUGUACGUACUGCAGUUGAUCCUCAUCACAUCUUCUUUCGUCCUCACCGGAAGUAUCGCUUUGAAUAUUCUGGCGGAUGGAAAGGUCUGUGGUCUUAUCUUCAGCGCUGUAUCAGGCUUCAUGCUGUUUAUCCUUGCGGUCAUGCCGUCAUUUGCAGAGGCUGCGAUCCUGGGAUAUAUCGACCUGGUGUGUGUCAUGACAGCCAUUGGCAUCGCAGUUAUCGCAUCGGGUGUGGAUGCUGCCAACAAGCCCGGUGGUAUCGGGGCUUCAGACUGGUCAGCCUGGCCUGACCCUGACGCAACCUUUAAGGAUGGCAUGGUAGCUAUCUGCAACAUCAUCUUUGCCUACUGCUUCGCCAUGUACAUGACGCCUUUCAUGUCGGAAAUGCACACACCAGAAGACUUUAUGAAGUCCGUUUGGACACUCGGAAGCGUCGAAAUCUUUAUCUACACUCUCACCGGUUCACUUAUCUAUGUCUUUGUCGGUAAGGACGUAGCCAGCCCAGCUCUUGAGUCUUUGCCUGGUGUUCUACCCAAAGUCGCUUUCGGUGUCGCGCUUCCUAUGAUUUUUAUCUCGGGUGCUAUAGGUAAUACAGUCACGGCCAAAUACGUUCAUCUCCGAUUCUACAGAAAUUCCAUCGUGCGUUUCGUCAAUACGCCCAAGGGUUGGGUCACUUGGCUCCUCACCCUAGCUGGUAUCACAAUUAUCGCCUGGGUUCUCGGUGAAGCUAUCCCUUUCUUCAACGACCUUCUCUCUUUAAGCUCAGCACUCUUUGUUUCGGGUUUCAUUCUAUACUUUCCGGCAGUUAUGUGGUACAAGCUUAUCUGCAGGGGCAAGUGGUAUGCCAGAGAGAAUAUCUUACAUGCUGUUGCUUGUAUUUUUACUUUCUUGUUUGGACUUUUGGUCCUUGUCGGUGGAACAUAUGCUACGGCUAUGGAUAUUCGACAUCAUUAUGAGAUCGGGGCUUUCCGCACUCCCUUUUCGUGUGAAGCAUAG